AACCCUACGUACCCUGCAUGCAUGCAUCUAAAAGACUAAAAACCCCUCUUUAUCCUCCCAAUCGCACGUAACACCAAUAAAUAAUAGAAACCUCUCUUCCCACACUCAACCCCUUUUUUUUCCCUUUAUUCCAAACUCCAUUGCCAAGCAUUAAUUGAAAGCAUCAUAAGAAUUUCUUCAUGUUCAUCAUACAUGAACAUGAAGAUUGAUAUAUACAACAAUUCCCCUUUUCUAUCUAUAUAACUCAAGCAAGCCAUCACAAUAUUACGUGGAAGCAAUACCCAUUUGAAUUUGAAGGUAUAUAAUCCUUCAAACUUCAUCAAAUCGCCGUACCAAAAGUCUAACAAUAUGUUGCGAGUUGUUAGCACCUUAUUCGGUUCCUCGAGAGCCACACGAAUUCCGGUUCAGAUAUUGUCCCGGCAUUUCCACAGGGACCCGAUUCCGGUGGCUUGGGAGAGGCCCGACGCCGGAUGGACGAAGCUAAACUUCGACGGCUCGUGCAAGGGCCUGAAGGGCGUGUCGAGCAUAGGCGGGGUGUUCAGGAACCACAAGGCCGAGUUCAUGCUGGGCUACGCCGAGCCCAUCGGCUCGACCACCAGCGUGGUGGCCGAGCUGGCGGCCCUCCAGCGCGGGCUGGAGCUCGUGCUGGAGAACGGGUGGAGCAACGUCUGGCUCGAAGGGGACGCCAAAUCGGUCGUGGAGAUCAUCUCGCAGCCCAACAGCAGGAAGCUGCUGAGCAGCUGCGAGAUGGCUCGAAGACACGUCAGUCAUAUAAACCUGAUCAUGUCGGAGAUCGAUAACUGCAAGAUAAAGCACAUCUAUCGAGAAGGGAAUAGGGUUGCGGAUAAAUUCGCCCAUAUUGGACAUGGGUUGGACCGGCCGAGAGUCUGGAGGCACGUGCCGCCGGACGAUGAUGUUUUGCUGCGGAUUGUGCAGGAGGAUGCCGUGGGGAAGAUCAUCAUCCGGAACCGGAGGAGACAAGACAGACAUUAAUUAAUUCAUCAAUUGUUAACAAUCAUUCAUUUGUACAUUGAUUUUUGCAAUUAGGUAUGUAAAGCUGUAAAUAUUUCUGUGAAUAUUAAUGGAUCAAUUAGCUAGUAGUUCUCUUGUACUUACCUUUUGUUAAAAAAAAAAAUUGUAUAAUCACGUACGUAAUUCGUUUUAUUUAAGAUUAUAUGCUCUCUUAAUUCUUGAAAUUUUGUAGAAUUUUGAUGGCGGGAGAGUUGGGUAAAGCAUAUAUAUGGAGCAGAAGAAAGGAAACCUUUAAACGUUCAUGUUACAAUAUGUCUUUCGUCUAAUCCAAGGCAAUUUUUGGUUGUGUGUGUAAAUUGAGUCCCUUAAUUUAUAAGCACCGUGUCAUGUUUGAGUUGCGGUCACGUCAUUACAAACUAUAAAAAUCAUUUGUGUCCGACCCUUUAGUCUAAAUUGUUACUUGAAUACAACAUAUUUACGACGUGUUUUAUAACUGUUUGAGUCGCAAUAUUUCCCCUCCGAAGAUUCCAACUAGAUAUGACUUUACUCCAUCUGGCUGGGCGCCCGGGUCCUACAAGAACAGGUGCACAACGGGCCUUUAGAGCCCGUUAGCACUCCGACGAUCAAGUUAGUCCAAAUUCUAGAGAGAUAAGUGCUCAAGAUGUUUUAGUGAGAUUGUGAGAGAAGUCAACCUGUUUAAAUGCCACAUACCGAACACUAUUUAUACUCGCCGAGGUUCCGACCGAGCUCCUGAAGUUCAGCCCUACGUCAGCAAAGCAUUAAAUGCUCGAUACGGCCCAACGUCUAGGUGCCUCUACGUGGCACUCUCUCAAUCUUCCUGUCGGGGCGGCCAGCAGGGACCACACCCCACAGGCGGCAGUCUUUUAGCCCUCUUCCUCCGUACUAAUUUGUCUUCAAGCCUCCUUUUUCGCUAUGCGCCCUCUCUCUACAGAUCUGCCUUGGUGAUCUUUUUUCUCCAGCUUAGUCCAUAUUGUUCUGGGCUCCCAAAUGGGCUCGGGUCCAAUUGGGUUUGUGACAAUUCAUUGGGCCUAUCUAUAUUGCCCCAACAAUAACUUUUCCAAUGCAUCCAUGAAAACUUCAACCCAACUUCAUGAUUUAUCUUUUAUUGUGGUUACUUCGUGUUAAACCGAAUAACUCUUAAUGGGAAAUAUGGUUACGUACACUAUAAGAAAAAAUAUCGUAGCUUCAUGGUAGUUCUAAAAAUUAAUAUUAAGUUAAGAAUUCUAUAUUGCUUCUGCACAUUCGAUAUUGCAAUUCAAUAUGCAAUAUCAUAAGCAUAUUAUAUUUUAUUUGGAUAUUAAAAUUAUCAUCCAUUUAUAGGAUAUACAAAAAAUUAAAUCAAUUAUUAAACUCAAAUUAAAAUAAUUAAAUUAUGAAAAUCAUAAUAUGAAACAACAAAGAAAUACUUACAAGAGAGUUAGUGGGCUAGUUAAUCGUUGUGAAAAAAGUCCUCUAAUUUUUCAGAUAUUAGGUUUACGUAUGUUUUUAAUUUAGAAAGAUAUAAAUUUUUUUUAAAGGUAAUUGACAAUGAUUCUUGUCUUCAUCCGUGAAGAGACCACGGUUUAAAUUUAGAGAUUGUUAUAUUUUUUAUGAAUAAAAAAUAAAUAAAUAACUGCAAAGAUAAAUCUAUCAUCCUAUUUUCAUUCUCAUUGUAGAAAUUUGAAUAACUCACAACCUUGCCAUAAUAUAUUUGUUUAUUUAACUUUAUCAUGGCAGGUUAAGCAAUGGCAGAGUCCAUAGUUGGAUGGAACUAGGGAUUUCCUACUUCUAUAAAAUAAAUAUAUACAUAAAUAUGUAACACAUAUUAAAUAUUAAUAAUUUACUAAAUAGCCGACUGAUAUAUUAUUAUUUCCGAAAAUAACAAUGAUGUGUUUUCAUAUUCAAAAAGAAGUGUAAAAUACAUUCAUUCACUACACUAUUAAGUAAGUCUCUUGCAUUGUCCACAUUCCAAAAUAUGUGUAAAAUAGAUUAAUUGAUGCAAU